AUGGGUGCGAUCGGAACCGGAGGCUACGACGGCGGCGACUGCUGCGAAUGCACCUGUCAGGUUACGAACUCAGGUUGGGGUUGCAACCCAGACUACUUCGCCUGCAUCGACCUGGAAGCCCCUUGCGUCGACGAUGACGACAUUACUGCUGAAAUGGUGGAGAAUUGA